AUGCCACCCUCCAUAGAGUCCGACUAUGACUCUUCUACAAGGCCCUCGGUUGAAUUAGAAAAGCAGAAACUACUCGAGCAGGGACUGAGUACACCGCGGCCCAGACGCCGAUUCUUGUUCUCCCAUAUAACCACACUCUAUAUUAUAAAUGGUUUCAUGGUUUUCAUAAUAGUUGUGCUCUUUCAGGAAUUAUGGAAGCGGCCACAGGACCCGUCCCUUCAAGUCUACUCGCCCGCCAACGACGUUGUGGAGUAUAUCCCAAAACAACAUUUCCGGGCCGCACUAUUUAAUCAAACCGAGUACAUGGGGUUCCCGACAGACGAGACAGACAAACUGUGGUCAGAUCUGUACAACUUCGGCAUUUCGACCAUCAGCGAAGCAGAAGCAAACAAACUACACACCCCGACUAUUCCCAUCUUCGGUACAGACAAAUACCUCAUCCAGCUAGAUGUCUGGCAUGAACUCCACUGCCUCAAUGAUCUACGCAAAACACUCUAUCCUGAGCGUUACACGAUGGAGUCGUUAGAUGGCUUGAAGUUUCCUAAUGGAACGAUCAAUCGUGACACGGACAUGUUCCGUCAUUGGGAUCACUGCAUCGAUUCCAUCCGUCAAGCCUUAAUGUGUCACGCAGACGUGUCGCCUAUCCCCUUCCAUAUUAAUGUCCCCGCCAGGAAGGGGAUUUUCCCACGUCUGGCUACUACGCACACCUGUCGAAACUUUACCAAGAUCCAGGAGUGGGCAAGGGAGCGAUUUGCGGGAGAAUGGAGGGUGGAGCUUGAGCCGGAAGAGGCCCAGUACGUGAUUGAUACGGCUGGGUUCUCACAGGACCCGGAGGAGGAUAUCGAGUUCCUAUAUGAGCUUUUCCCCGGGGACAACUUCUUUAAGUAUUGGAGGGAGCAUCCUUAUCAGGGUAAUAAGGAUUCUUAA